AUGAACCCGACAGACUAUAAGCAUAUUGACAACUGGAAUAACAGAGGCUGUUUAGUCGGCUGUGAUUACUCAGGAGUAGUUGAAGAGCUGGGCUCAGGCUACUCUAAACCAUGGAAAGUGGGUGAUCGCAUCUGUGGAUUCGCACAUGGCGGCAAUGAACUGAACCAUGAGGAUGGGGCCUUUGCGGUGAGUAUCGUGGUGAAGGCGGACAUUGCUAUUCGGUUGCCCGAUAGCAUGUCUCAUGAGGAGGGAUGUACUUUACCCGUGGCAGUGAUCACCUGUGGACAAGCUUUGUUCAUGGACACGGAACUGCCCAGGCCCUUGCCAGAUGGCGUUAUGGCUUCAACAGGGAGAUACAUACUCAUAUACGGUGGAAGCUCUGCUACUGGGAGUAUUGCAAUUCAAUUCGCCAAAUUGGUUGGUUUGGUACCGAUCACAAUCUGUUCGGCACGUAAUUUCGAGUUUGUGAGCUCUCUAGGAGCGGUCGCGGCUUUCGAUUAUAAUAAUCCUGAAGCCUGUGUUGCUCACAUUCAAGAAUUUAUGGACUCCAGAGGCGGGAUCGAGUACGUUUUCGACACUAUAUCUACUGCAAAAAGUGCAGAGAUCUGUGGUAAAUUGAUCGAAACUGGCGGAGUAUGGGCAUAUACUCUUUUAGGUACCGAUAUUCCUCGGGAGGACGUGAAGAAGAUCUAUCCACUAGCAUACCUGUCUACAGGUGAGCGGAUUAAAAAAGGCGACCACGUGGAUUUCGCAGCUUCUCGUGCGAAUUUCGACUUUGUUCAAGAAUGGGCGUUGCUCGUGGAAAGCUUACUUCAGAAAAGCCUUUUGAGGCCACAUCCAAGCUACAUCGAACACGGCUUAGAAAAGGUGCUAGAUGGGCUAGAACUCAUGAGGGGUGGCAAGGUUAGUGGCAAGAAACUAGUAUAUAUGCUAUAG